AUGAGCCCUACCAGAUCCAAUAUCCCUAGGGCCACUGCCCCUCGUCCGCACAUGCGCUCAAUGCCAUUGGAUCUGCUCUCCCUCCCCCCUGGGCUUCGCUGCCUGACCUGUCGGCUCAUCAUUUUGGAGGCAGCGCCACAUAUUUCGCGCAAGCUGGAGCAGUUAAAGAAGACCGAUCGUUUCCAUUUCGUCAUCGAGCCCACGUCACUCUACCCUGUCACAUACGAUGAUGAAAACAUCGGAGAAUACGUUUUCAAAGCACGAAAUACUGGCGCCAGUAUAUACAAGCUACCUCGCAAUGCAUUUCCUGACUAUCGCUUCGAUAUAGAUGUAGCGGGUGACUUCGUCAGAAAGGUCGCUGUGGCCACUUCCAAUUUGUACCCAGAGACUACAACACUGGCGAUAAGGUUCUCUCAAGACGCGUCUAGAGCAUCAUUCCCCGUUGAAUGUAAGGUUCCAGUUUUUGUUAUCCUGAAGCCAGAACCAAUGAAGGCGAGACUUGGGAAGCUAGUCCCUAGACUAGUCAAGGAACAACAUGUGUUCACGGGCAUAUGUCGUGGGAGGGCUGACAUUGGGGACUAA